AUGUCAUUAAAAAGAAUAAAUGAAAAGAGACCAGAAAUCUUACCAGAAUCCAACCCUACAUCAUUGGACGAAGUUGCAGACAUUGAACUUGAAUUUGAAAAAGCAGAUGUAGAACUUUUAAAACAUCAGGUUCAGCUAUUUAAUCCACUUUAUGAAAAAAGGGCGAAUGUUUUAAGAAAAAUACCAAAGUUCUGGCCGAUUGCGCUAGAAGCAGCACCAAGUGAUGAAUUUUCUGUUUAUAUUAAUCCAGAGGAUGCAAAUGUCCUUGAACAUUUAAUUGAUUUAAGAGUAUAUCGACCUAAUGAAGAUCCUCGUGAUAUUAAGAUUGUUUUUGAAUUUGAACCAAACGAAUACUUGGAAUCAAAUAGUCUUUAUCUUGAAAAGCUCUUUAGAUAUUCAAGUCAAAAAGCAGAAGCAUCGUCAUCCAAUACUGAUAAAGAACCAUCACAAUUGAUUUCAGAAAAAGUAAAUAUUAAAUGGAAAAAGAAUAAGGAUUUGACAAAGCCAACCAAAGGAGUAGCGCCGAGUUUUUUUACAUGGUUUUUAUGGACAGGAGAAAAUAAUGAUAUUUUUGAAGAUGGAGAAGAACUCGCUAUUUUUAUUGCCGAAGACCUCUAUCCAAAUGCAGUAAAAUAUUUUACAGAUGCACUUCAGGAAAAUGAAGAAAAUGAUGAUGAAGAAAUAGAUUUAGAAAAUGAGAAUGGAGACAAUAUAUCCGAAGAAGAACCACCUAAAAAGAAAACAAGAUUGUAA